CACUACUCCUAAGUCCUAGGGCUAGUCCUGUGAUGAAACAACAACUCUUUCUUUCUUCUUCCACCACCUCCCUCAUACAAACUUCGAGACUCUUCUCAUUUAGGCCUUAAUUCACCGCUUCACCCGAAUAAAUUCGCUUUCUUUUCUUUCCAUUUUCGCUCAUUCAGAUUUCAGACAUGCCCUCUAAGUUCUAUUCUUAUCAUUUUGAUGAAAGAAAGGAAAAAAGAAACAUAUUCUUGUAAAUUUUUCAUUCUAUAAUUUUAAAUCACCCAAAAUUUCAAUCUUUUCAUUACUACCCAGUUCAUAAAUGACCCUGAAAUUGAAGAAGUUGGAUCAAAGGUAGCAUAUCUUCUCCUUCAAAUAUCAUGGCAUGGUACAGAAGAUCAAGGUUUGUCUACAAUGCUUAUAAAAGCUUGAAUUCCAAGUUAUUAUUGCCUAAAAGUCCAGUUCAAUCUCCCAUUCCAAGAAUUAAUUCCAAUUCAUCUUCUUUGUUUUACAAUCAAUUUAAGUCUUCUGUAAUUUCUGGGUCACCUUCAAUUUCUUCAAAAUUUGGGUAUUUGAAUGGGGUCAAACAGAAUCAAAGUAGCUUGUUUUCUUGUGUUACUAGUAGAAAUUACCAUGUUGAUAGAAACCAAAUUUACCAUUUUAAACCAAGAGGUUUUAAAUCUUGGUUUGAGAAUCCUAGACAUAUAUUCAUCGCAGUAGUGAUUGGUUCUGGUGUUGUGAUCACUGUUUAUUUUGGCAAUUCAGAAGUUGUGCCCUAUACAAAAAGGAAACAUCUUGUACUUUUGUCAAGAACCCUAGAGAGGAGAAUUGGGGAUUCUCAAUUUGAGAAGAUGAAGGAAGAGUUUAAGGGGAAAAUAUUGCCUGCAAUACACCCUGAUAGUGUGAGGGUUAGGUUGAUAUCUAAAGACAUAAUUGAGUCAUUAGAAAGAGGGAUAAGCCAUGAAAGAGCAUGGAGUAGUCCUGGAUACGCCACCGAAAGCGUUAGCCAUCAUGAGAUCGAUGGGCAUGAAACUAUGAAGGCAUUAACUGAGGGGAUGGAUGAGAAAGUGCCAGGGGAUUGGCAUAAGGAGGAGGAGGUUCUUGAUGAUAAGUGGGUGAAAGAUAGUAGGAAGAAGGGGGAGAAACAUGGGGCUAAGACUACUACAAACCAUUUGGAGGGCUUGAAUUGGGAAGUUCUGGUUGUGAAUGAACCAGUUGUAAAUGCCUUUUGUUUACCAGGUGGGAAGAUUGUUGUUUUCACUGGAUUGCUCAAGCAUUUCAAAUCAGAUGCUGAAUUGGCUACAAUUAUUGGACAUGAGGUUGGACAUGCUGUGGCUCGACAUUCUGCAGAACAAAUUACAAAGAAUAUGUGGUUUGCAAUCUUGCAACUGAUCCUUUAUCAAUUCAUCGCGCCUGAUUUUGCAAAUGCAAUGUCAAAUCUUCUUUUAAGGCUUCCCUUUUCCCGAAAAAUGGAAAUAGAAGCAGAUUACAUUGGACUGCUUCUGAUGGCUUCUGCUGGAUACGACCCACGAAUUGCACCUCAAGUAUAUGAGAAGCUGGGUAAGAUCUCUGGUGAAUCAUCGUCGCUGACGGAAUAUCUCUCAACUCAUCCAUCGGGGAAAAAGCGUGCUCAGUUAUUAGCUCGAGCUCAUAUUAUGCAAGAAGCAGUGGAUAUGUACCGUGAAAUUGUAGCAGGACGCGCAAUUGAAGGUUUUCUGUGACCAUUAACAUCAUCUUCUUUGCAACUUCGCCUGGUUAUGGUGUUCAAAACUGCUAGUGGAUCAUUUUCCAGCCAUGAUUUUCUUCGUUUCUACAAAUGGUUAGAGAUUGUUUUGGGUUGGAAAUCUCAAAUCAUGGCUGUCAUGUUAUCAGUUGUAAAUUCAAUCUAUUUUAGUAUCUAUGUUUACUGCUCUUCUACUCUUCAGAUUA